GGCAGCCCAGGGUCGAGCCAGGCGGCAGCAGCUAAGGGGCAGGGGAGGCUGCKGCCACUGCAGCGGGGUCUGGCCCAUGGCGGCGACGGCGGUGGCUGCGGGGGCAGGGGCGGCGGCCGGGACCGAGUCUGCUGAGGGCCCCCCAGGCCCGGCGGCGGCGCUGGAGCUGUGGCUCAACAAAGCCACAGACCCAAGCGUGUCAGAACAGGAUUGGUCGGCUAUCCAGAACUUCUGUGAGCAGGUGAACACUGACCCCAAUGGCCCCACACAUGCGCCCUGGCUCCUGGCCCACAAGAUCCAGUCUCCACAAGAGAAGGAAGCACUUUAUGCCCUGACGGUCCUGGAGACAUGUAUGAACCACUGUGGUGAGAAGUUCCACAAUGAGGUGGCCAAGUUCCGCUUCCUGAAUGAGCUGAUCAAAGUGUUGUCUCCCAAAUACUUAGGGGCCUGGGCCACAGAAAAAGUUAAAGGGAGAGUCAUCGAGAUCCUCUUUAGUUGGACAGUGUGGUUUCCAGAAGACAUCAAGAUCCGAGAUGCUUAUCAGAUGCUGAAGAAGCAAGGAAUCAUAAAACAAGACCCUAAGCUACCAGUGGACAAAAUCUUGCCCCCACCUUCUCCCUGGCCCAAGAGCUCCAUCUUCGAUGCUGACGAAGAGAAGUCCAAGCUUCUGACGAGACUUCUCAAGAGCAACCACCCUGAGGAUCUCCAGGCAGCAAACCGGCUCAUCAAGAAUCUGGUCAAGGAGGAACAAGAAAAAUCAGAGAAGGUGUCCAGAAGAGUCAGCGCGGUGGAGGAAGUGCGAAGCCACGUGAAGGUGUUGCAGGAGAUGCUGAGCACGUACCGCAGGCCAGGGCAGGCCCCGCCGGACCAGGAGGCCCUGCAGGUUGUGUAUGAAAGGUGUGAGAAGCUGCGGCCCACGCUGUUCCGCCUGGCGGGAGACACCACCGAUGACGACGACGCCCUGGCGGAGAUCCUCCAGGCAAAUGACCUCCUCACCCAGGGAGUUCUGCUGUACAAACAGGUGAUGGAGGGCCGUGUCACCUUUGGGAACACAGUGCCCAGCUCAGUGGGAGACGUGCCUGUCUCUAGAGUCUUUCAGAACCCAGCAGGCUGCAUGAAGAACUGCCCCCUGAUUGACUUGGAGGUGGACAGUGGGUCUGAACAGUCUUUGCUUCAUCAGGACCUGGAAGCCUUAGGGAUCAGUGAUGCUCCUGUUAUGAACAAGGUCGCCAGUCAGAACUGCUGCAAGGAAAAGAAGAACCUUGCUGCCAACACACCGCCAGGUGGCGGAGUCCAGAGCCCUUCCGCAGACAGGAACUUGCUGGAUCUGCUCUCACCACAGCCGUCUCCCGGUCCUCUGAAUUAUGUCCCACAGAAAAGUAUCCCCAAGGAAGUGCCACCAGGUACUAAGUCCUCUCCAGGUUGGUCCUGGGAGGCUGGCCCUUUGGCUCCUUCCCCGGCUUCCCAGAACACACCUCUGGCUCAAGUGUUUGUCCCUUUGGAGUCUGUGAAGCCCAGCAGCCUGCCUCCURUUAUCGUGUAUGACCGGAACGGAUUCAGAAUUCUGCUCCACUUCUCCCAGACGGGGGCCCCUGGCCACCCAGAGGUGCAGGUGUUACUGCUGACCAUGAUGAGCACUGCUACCCAGCCAGUCUGGGACAUCAUGUUUCAAGUGGCUGUGCCAAAGUCAAUGAGAGUGAAGCUGCAGCCGGCCUCCAGCUCCAAGCUUCCUGCGUUCAGUCCUUUGGUGCCUCCAGCUGUGAUCUCUCAGAUGCUGCUGCUCGACAAUCCUCACAAAGAACCUAUCCGGUUACGGUAUAAACUGACAUUCAACCAGGGUGGGCAGCCUUUCAGUGAAGUAGGAGAAGUGAAGGACUUUCCAGACCUGGCCGUCUUGGGAGCAGCAUAAUUUUUCGUGAGACAGACCCUUCAAGUCAMGCUUGGGCCACGUUCCUCUCACUGUCUAGUUGGAACUAGUCACGUGAUUUAGUGCAGAGUGCCAAAAACUGUCUCCUGAC